AUGAAUGGAGGAAAUCACUCAGUGCUGUCUGAAUUUGUGUUGCUGGGACUCACCAGUUCUUGGGAGCUUCAGAUUCUCCUUUUUGUGUUCUUCACAACAUUUUAUGUAGCAAGUAUGCUGGGAAACCUUCUCAUUGUGCUCACCAUCAUCUCAGACCAUCACUUACACUCCCCAAUGUAUUUUUUGCUGGCAAAUCUCUCCUUCAUUGAUAUGGGAGUGUCCAGCAUCUCCUCUCCAAAGAUGAUUUAUGACCUGUUCAGAAAGCAUAAAGCCAUCUCCUUGAAAGGGUGCAUCACACAGAUGUUCUUCAUUCACACUGUGGGAGGGACAGAGAUGGUGCUGCUCAUUGUCAUGGCCUACGACAGAUACGUGGCAAUCUGCAAGCCCCUCCACUACCUGACCAUCAUCAGCCUAAGAAUGUGCAAUUCUCUUUUGGCUGUGGCUUGGACCAUUGGACUCGUCCACUCUGUAGUUCAACUGGCUUUUGUUGUAAACUUGCCCUUUUGUGGGAGCAAUAAAAUGGAUAGCUUUUACUGUGAUUUUCCCCGGUUUAUCAAACUUGCAUGUACAGAUACAUACAGACUGGAGUUUCUGGUCGCUGCCAACAGUGGUUUCAUCUCCAUGGGCACCUUCUUCAUCUUGAUUGUGUCUUAUAUCUCCAUCCUGGUCACGGUUCGUAAACACUCCUCAGGAGGUUCCUCCAAGGCCCUCUCCACUCUCUCAGCUCACAUUACUGUGGUGGUUUUUUUCUUUGGUCCUUGCAUCAUAAUCUAUGUGUGGCCAUUCCCUACCUUACCCAUAGAUAAAUUUUUAGCUAUCUUUGAUGUUCUUAUCACUCCUUUUAUGAAUCCUGUCAUCUAUACAUUUAGAAAUAAGGAGAUGAAAGUGACAAUGAGGAGAUUCUUUGUUAAGGCUUUAACAAGUUUUAGGAAGAGUUCUUUUAUGCAGUCUAAGAAGUUUGGGUUCAUUUUGGCAAUUCUUGGAAAGCAAUAUUUUAAUUAA